AUGGACACUUUGAGAACGAGCGCCUUUUGGGCCCUGGUCGCCCUCGGACAUGCCAUGCCCCUUGCCUCUCGCCAGAGCUGGGGUCCUCCAUCAUCAAACUCUACGGGAAGUCCUCUGAGCGAUAAGAUCACGCACGUCGUAUAUCUUAUGCUGGAGAACCACUCUUUUGACAAUAUUGCUGGCUACUGGGAUUUUCACCCGGACAUCAACAACUUGCGGAACGUGACCUACUGCAACGACUACACGAACCCAAACUGGACUGUCUGGAACGAGCCCCUUUCAAUAUGCGCUGGCCCAUUCGAAGACGAGGUCCCCUUGGUCGAUCCAGACCACAACUUCGCAGGAACCAGCUAUGAGAUUUACCGCACCUGGGACCCCACUGCCAGUGAUGUCCCCAACAUGAACGGCUUCAUCGAGCGGCAAUCGGAGAAGUACAAUGCCACCCCUGGCGACGCGUCGUUCGUCAUCAAAGCCUAUGACAAGGAGAAGACUAAUGUCCUCGCCACGCUCGCCCAGAACUUCGCCUUCUGGGACAGCUACCAUGCUGAGCAUCCCGGACCUACGAAUCCCAACCGGCAGUUCGCCACCUCCGGCUCGACAUGUGGCCUGGUCGACAACACGGUUCAAGCGUAUGGAUGGCAGCUCAAUUCGACCGGCACGAACUGCUCCAAGUCGAUCUUCGAGGCGCUCACCGAAAAGAAUAUCUCGUGGAAGAACUACUACGAGACGGACAUCAUCGACUCCUGGAUCUAUCAGUGGGUACAGGACAAUGCAAUGGAUAAACUAGUCCACUCGGACGAGUUCUACACGGACUUGGCCCAGGGGACCUUACCACAGUUUUCGUACUACAACCCGGAGUGCUGCACCAUCGACUCGAUGCAUCCGACGAGUAAUAUGGCCGCUGGCGAAUUGAUGAUCAAACACUUUUACGACUCUAUCCGGAAGUCGCAGUACUGGGACAAUAUCCUCGUCAUCAUCAACUUCGACGAACACGGCGGGUUUGCCGACCACGUCCCACCGCCAACAGGCAUUCCCGCGCCCGAAGAUGGGAUCACCUUCUCCGGCGUCUCUGACGGCCACAACGUAACCUACGACUUUACGCGGCUAGGUGUGCGUGUCCCCGCGAUCGCCAUCUCGCCGUGGAUCCAGCCAAACACCCUCGUCGGCCCGGGGACCAGCUACGCGCCCAACUCGGCAUACACGCACACGUCGUUCCUGCACUUCCUGCAGAACCUGUGGGGUCUUGAAGGGUUGAACAACCGCGUCCAGUGGGCCAUGACCUUUGAGCACAUCUUUUCCGAUACGCCGCAGCCGGCACCGCUGGAGAGCCUGCCCCAGCCGACAUGGUUCGGUGGCUCCAACAAACCCGAGCCAGAGGGCUUUUACCUCCUCAACCAGGACGCGAGCUACUACCAGAACCUGCCUGCUUCUGCUGGAGCCGCGUAA